AUGACCGAACCUGCAGCGGCGUGGGACGUGCGACCGAAAUCUCUGCAGGAAUUGACGUUGCGCGACAAGGCAUGGCGUUACCAGGGCGAGGGCAACGCCAACGUGGUUUUGUCGGUGCCCGCCGACGGGACAGUGGUGCGGGUGAUGAAAGAAGGUGACGGCGGCGGCGCCGAAACCACGGAGGCCGCGGCGGCCGAAACACUAUCCGUGCGGUUGCGCUUUUGCGACGCCGUCAGACGUACAUUCUUCGACGGCGGCGGCCGCCACGUAGACGUGCCCGUGCCGAUGCGCGUGUCCGCCGAAGAGUUGCGCGAAAUCGACCGGGUCAUCCGGCCGCAUAGGCCGCCGGGCCGGCGGCACAAGGGCCUCGGGUUGGCCGGGUGUCUGGUGGCCUUGUGUCCGGAUUACACGGCGCUGCCGCCGACGGACGUGCCGGGCGUCUGGUGCGUCGAGAUCAAACCCAAACAGGGAUGGGUGCACGAGGACGACAUCGCGGCGGGCGGGGUGCGGACAAAGUGCCCGUUCUGCGCGCACCAGUACCUGAAGCUGUUCCGGGGCGACGUCCAUAGGCCGAGAUUUACUGAUUUACCUUUUACAAGAGAUAUAGAAGGUGGUUCUAAAUUCUAA